UGAAGGCAGACAUGAGUGUGACUACCGGAGCCGUGCAACGGACCGCCCGCCGAGAAGAAAAAAAGAAACUGGAGGUUUUUGUAGCCAGAAGAGCGGCUUCUCAGAAGCAGAGUGCGCCAGACAAGCGGCCGGAAAUCAGGUCCCCAUUAAUGGAAAGGUCCAACAGGGAUCUUCAAAAGAAGUCUGAGCAGGUCAAGCCCUUAAAGAAGAAAAUGGCUGAACCGGUAAAUAAAGAGAACAUUAGGCCAGCUGUGAACAAAGAUGGUAAAAGUGUGACUUUUACCCAGUCCUUCCUAAAAACAAAAAAUAUUAAAGAAAAGCAAAUGAAUGAGAAGGUAAAACCUGAGUCUACAAAAGACGAAGCCAAACUGCCAACUAAACCUGUUCUUGGUACUUAUCGGGGGAAAAUCGUCCAAUCUAAAAUUAAUUCUUUCCGUAAAAACCAUGAAAAUAAUAUUCCUGAGCCGAAGAAGACUGUGGCUGAAAGUCAAGAAAAGAGACCACAACCCUCUGCAUCUGCCCCUGCUAAGGCCAUGGUGAGACCAGCUGCCAAUAGCACUAAACCAAAGCGGCCUGUCAUCCCACCAGUCUCCUCACAGAUAAGACCGUCCACAACUCUGACCAAGAGCAAGGCAGAGCUGGUGACUGUACGGAGAACCACACAAGUUCUGGUCCAACAGAAGCCAGUACAACAGAAGGUGCAGACUGUUAAACCUACAUUGAAAAAUGAGGCUGUGAAGAAAAACCCAAUGACUCAAAGCAAAAAAAGUUCAUCUGGACCUGCAAAAACCCUGCUAGAACCGCAGAAAAACAAGCCAGCCCCUCAGCUGCCAACAGCUAGCAAAUUCUCCAGACCCAAAGAGUCAGCUGAAGAACGGAAGGCACGUCUGGCAGAAUGGAGACAGUCCAAAGGGAAACUGAUAAAAAGACCCCCUAUGGCCAUUGUCAUACCUUCUAAAUGCAGCAAGGAGCCAGAAAUUAAAACAGAAUUGGAGGAACCAAAGGAGGAAACUCGCCAGCUUUACUGGGCCACCAUGGCAGAAGAGGAUGAGCGGGUGCUGUUUACUCUGAAAGUUCAGCAGAUCUUUGGAGACUGCCAGAAGCUCAUAGAUAAGGGUUGUCCAAGGGAAGAAGUCCUGUCAAUACUUGACAAACAGUUUGAAAAUAUUCCAGAAGCCAAGACGUUUUCAGGAUACUGGGAAUGUCUUGCACGUCUUGAGAAACGGGAUGGGCAGCUCUCUAAAGUGAUUGCAAUCUGUGAGGAGGCUGUGUCUUUUGGUGCACAGCCCCUUGAAGAACUUGGAGCCAUUCUUGCUGAUGCUUUGGAGCAGCUGAAGCCCGACCCAGAGGAAAGUGUAAGAAAAGAAAAUGAGGAAGAUCUAAAAAGUGAAGAUCUUAAGACUGAAGUAAAAGAAGAGCCUGUAGAAACCGCUGUAAAGGAGAAGAGAAGGAGAGGUAGGGGCAGAGCUGUGAAAAAUGAGCCAAAGAGCCCGUCCACACCUGACAAGCCGUCCAAGUCCGAGUCUAUACCAGGAAAUGGAGCUGUGGUAUCAUCGGUCAUAAGAUUCAAUGUUUGCUCAACGCCACAUUUGGAAAAAAUGGAGAAACUACAGAUGAAUGAAGGAGAAUCCAGCGUCAAUUAUAAAUAUCUCACCCCUGUCAGACGCUCAAGCCGCCUGGAACGUAAAUCGCACAGAUUACCAGACAUGUUGAAGGACCAUGAUCCCUGCGUUUCUGGUAUUGAUCAGCUGGGAGAACUGGAAGAGACAGAGACCUGUUCCAAUGCCUACAUCUUCAGAAAAAACAGCGCACUUCAUGAAGUUACUGCAAAAAGUGCAACAAAAAAAGACUAACGCCUUUAUAACCCAUCUGCCUCUUUAGCCGAGAUCAUAGUCCGCACUAUACACUAAACUUUUUUUUUUUUUUACAUAGUCUGCACUAAGUUGUCAUGUGGUGAUAUUUAUGUAUAUCAAUUUUCUAAUAACAGUGGAGAAACGCUUGUGAUCAGUGGGUCAGGAAUGGUGUGGUGUCCCAGUGACAUGGCAUGUUUUGCCAGGCAUUCAUAAAUGUAAAAUUCCUCACAUAGUACAGAUUGUUAGGGUCCAUUCACACGUCCGUAGUGUAUUGCGGAUCCGCAAUACACCCGGCUGGCACCCCCAUAAAACUGCCUAUUCUUGUCCACAAUUGCGGACAAGAAUAGAACAUGUUCCAUUUUAUCGGGAGCCGCGCUCCAGAAAAAAGGAUGCGGACAGCACACUGUGUGCUGUCCGCAUCUCUUCCGGCCCCAUAGAGAAUGAAUGGAUCUGGACCCAUUCUACGGACUUGUGAAUGGACCCUUAGAAUGAUUGCAUAUAUUUUGGAUGCUUACAAAGGUGGCAGCCAUCUUCAGCAUUUUCUUUGCUUUCUACCCAGGGGUAAUACUAGAU